AUGCCAUGCGAAUGUGAAUCUCAAUAUUUAAUCAUGUCUUCACCUGACUAUAUCUCGUCUCGUGUUAAAGCAAAAAGCGUUCGUACAAAAAGUACCCGAACAAAACUUAAAUCUAAGCCGAUUUUGACUGAAGAAGAAUGUGAACUUUUGAACAAUUUGAUUGGGAAAUACGGUUGUAGAUGGUCAAAAAUUUCAAAACAUUUUCCAACAAAGAGUUUAAACUCCAUAGAAUCAUUCGUACGUAAGAAUCCAAAUAAAUUUUCUUCUAUUUUCAAAUUCCCAGAAAGAUUGAGGAAACACAGAUGUUGGACUGAUAGUGAAAUGAAAUUAUUAAAUAAUCUAAUUAUGAAAUAUGGUCGUAAUUACGAUGCAAUUUCUCGAAGAAUACUUGGUAGAACUUCAGAAGCCGUGUCUCGAUUUUUGCCGCGUCAUUCUCCAGAUCUACCUGCACUUCGUAAUGCGAAUAUUUUAAGAUGGUUCAAAUCUUCAAGCCUGUGGACUGAACGUGAAACACGUACGUUAAAUGAUCUUGUUGAGCAAUACGGUAACGAUUGGUUCCUUAUAUCAAGUAAACUUUAUGGGAGAACAGCAUUUGCAUGUCAAGAUAAAUUUUAUGCAUGUUGGCAACCGAAUAAAAUUAAAAAAGAACUAGUAUUACAUAGCUGGCCGCAAGAAGCAAUUCGGGUUUUGGACUACUUAAUAUCAAAAUAUGGCAGAUGGCAAAUAAUCCCGAUUCUUUUACCCGGAACAACACCAUUUAAUUACUAUAUGCGUUCUGCAACUAAUAUUUGGGGUUGGAGAAACCAUGAGAUAUCACUUUUAAGAGAUUUGAUACAGAAGUACGGACAUGAUUGGAAAAAGAUUAAAGCAUAUCUUCCACAUAAACGUGUCAAUUCGAUCGAGCAUCAUGUGAAAACAAAUCCUCAACUUUAUAACAUUGAAUAUCAUAAAAAUGACACAGAAUUAUAUGAAAUUGUACAGAAUCUUAGCGUACAAAAGCGAUGGAGUGCAGAUGAAUUAAGAAAACUCUUAGAGUUAAGAUCACAGUAUGAAACAGAUUGGUGCAAGAUUUCUGAGGGGCUCCCUGGUAGAUCACCAUCAGCAUGCUUUUACAAAUACCAAGUGAUAACCAGGUUGUUAAUGAAAGUCGGAAAAGAUUGGCAUUCUAGUAACAUUAUACAAGUUCAAGACUUUUUUCAGAAAUAUGGACCAGACUGGGAAUUGAUAUCACAAAAUGUAUCAAACAAAAGCCCCGGAGAAAUACAACAAUUGGUAAAUGAAAAUCCGAUGUUCUUUUCAAACCCUGGUUUUGAUAGACAUUUCAUUGACGCCACUAGGAGGACUACAGCUCAACCUUGGUCUGAAGAAGAUAUAUUAAAGUUAAAGAAUUUUACAGAAAUACACGGUAAGGAUUGGAAUAAAAUUGCGUCACAGUUACCAGGGAAAACAUCAGAGGAUUGUGAAGAAUAUUAUAAUUUAUAUAAAGACAACUUUCCAAAUUUGAAUAUGAACCACAUGACAAUAUCAGAUGAUAAAGCAUGGACCGAAAAAGAAAAACAAUCAUUAAAAGACUUGUUAGAAAAAUAUGGUACAGAUUAUGAUCGGAUCGCAAGAUUUAUUCCCGGAAAAUCACAAGAAUCGAUUAGAUCAUAUGUUAAUACACAUAAACAAGAACUUUUACCCAAAGAACUCGACAUGUACGAAAAUGAAUCAUGCACGCCACCAUGGACGAAAGAUGAAGAGAAUAAAUUGAUUAAUCUUGUAAUACUUUAUAGGGAUGAAUGGAAAAUGAUAUCUGAUUAUUUACCUGAAAGAUCUCCAAUUGCUUGCAAACGUAAAUAUUAUACUAUCUUACACCCGAACUUUUCAAAAAUUGAAGCGAUCUC